AUGGCCCCACGGAGUCACCCGGACCUCAUGGGCCCACUCGCACCCCGUGGGGACGUGGGCACCCCGAUGACCCCGUGGGGACACAUCUGCCACGUGCGGGCACCGGCAGCCGGUGUCCCGGUGUCCCCCCAGCCGGGCCAGGAGGCCACCGUCCCCGUCCUCGCCGUCCCUGUCACGCUGGAGCCCGCGCAGCCCCAGCCAGAGCCCUCCUUCGACUGGCCGGCGUUCUGGACCUUCCUGCGCCCCCAGCUCCUGGCCCUCUCGGCAGCCGUGGUGCUGGCGCUGGGUGCAGCCCUGCUCAAUGUCCGCAUCCCCGUGCUGCUGGGGCAGCUGGUGAACGUGGUGGCUCGCUGUGCCCGUGGCCACAUCACCGGCUACUUGCAGGAGGCCCGGUGCCCGGCCCUGAGCCUGCUCACUGUCUACUGCCUGCAGGGGCUGCUGACCUUUGGGUACAUCGCGCUGCUGGCACGGGUCGGGGAGCAGGUGGCGGGCAGCAUGCGCAAGGCACUCUUCAUCUCCCUGCUACGGCAGGACGUGGCGUUCUUUGACGCCAACCGGACGGGGCAGCUGGUGAACCGGCUGACGGCCGACAUCCAGGAGUUCAAGUCCUCCUUCAAGUUGGCCAUCUCCCAGGGCCUGCGCAGCGGCACCCAGAUGGCGGGCUGCUUCGUCUCGCUCUACCUGCUCUCGCCCAAGCUGACUGGCCUCCUGCUCGUGGCGCUGCCCACGCUGGUGGGUGCCGGGACCCUCAUCGGCGCUGCUCUCCGCAGCCUCUCCCGCCAGGCGCAGGAGCAGGUGGCCAAGGCCACUGGGGUGGCAGACGAGGUGCUGGGAAAUGUCCGGACGGUGCGCGCCUUCGCCAUGGAGGACCAGCAGGCAGGGCUGUACUGCGCCGAGGUGGACCGCGCCGGCUGGCUGAACGAGCGGCUGGGGAUGGGCAUCGCCGCCUUCCAGGGGCUCUCCAACCUGGCACUCAAUGGUAUCGUCCUGGGAACCAUCUUUGUGGGAGGCUCCCUGAUGGCCGGGGAUGAGCUUUCGCCGGGCGACCUCAUGUCCUUCCUGGUGGCCUCGCAGACCAUGCAAAGGUCCAUGGCCAACAUCUCCAUCCUGUUUGGGCAGGUGGUGCGAGGUCUGAGCGCCGGCGCCCGCGUCUUUGAGUUGCUGACGUUGGAGCCCAGCGUGGCGCUGCGGGGGGGGACCUCCAUCCCCAGCCACUCCCUGCUCGGGCGCAUCUGCUUCCACCGCGUCUCCUUCAGCUACCCCACCCGCCCCGGCUACCCGGUCCUACGGGAUUUCAGCCUCACCCUGCCCCCCUGCAAGACGGUGGCCAUCGUGGGACCGUCCGGAGGAGGCAAGUCGACGGUGGCAGCGCUGCUGGAGCGGUUCUAUGAGCCCACGCAGGGCACCAUCACCCUGGACGGCCACAACAUCUCCUCCCUGGACCCCUCCUGGCUGCGAGGGCAGGUCAUCGGCUUCAUCAGCCAGGAGCCGGUGCUCUUUGGAACAACCAUCAUGGAGAACAUCCGCUUCGGGAAGCCGGGAGCCUCCGACACGGAGGUGUACGCCGCGGCCCAGCUUGCCAACGCCGAUGGCUUCAUCCGCAGCUUCCCUGAGGGCUACAACACCAUCGUGGGCGAGCGCGGCAUGGCGCUCUCGGGGGGUCAGAAGCAGCGCAUUGCCAUCGCCCGGGCGCUGCUGAAGGACCCCACCGUCCUGAUCCUGGACGAGGCCACGAGCGCGCUGGACGCCCAGUCAGAGAAGGUGGUGCAGGAGGCUCUGGACCGCGCCGUCUCGGGCCGCACGGUGCUGCUCAUCGCCCACCGCCUCAGCACCAUCCAGGGUGCCGACCUCAUCGUGGUGCUGGCGCAGGGCCGGGUGGCCGAGGCAGGGACCCAUGAGGAGCUGGUGCGACGGGGGGGUCUUUAUGCCGAGCUCAUCCACCAGCAGACCAAGGACCGGUCCUGAGCGUGGGG